UUCAACGUGUUCCUUCCUCUGCAAAUAUUUCCAUUCCGUGUAGGGUUUACAGAGCCUAUAUAAGUAAUGUCGUAUGAAGAAAAGCUUUUAAUAGAAUAGAAUUUACAGGAACCAUCAAAUGGAAAACAUGAAUUAAAUUUUCGGUGAAGCGGAAACUACUUUCAGCCGUUGUUCCAAUUCCUUUCUCUCUCGUCUCCCUCUUUCCUCUUCUCUUUUAAACCCCAACCCUAAUCCUUCUUUCGAUUUUCUUCUUCCUCGGUUGUAAGAAAAGAUUUUUGUGUUUUUCCUGCUUCAAUGCAAAAGAACAUGCGGAAUGAUUGGUUCUGUUUCAAGGAUUUAGAUGGUGGGAAUCCAUUCAUCUUACCUACAGAAAUUUUCUUUUCACGUAGUUUAAGGGAUCAUUUAUUUUCAAAGUCUAAACAUAGGCGUGAUCCUGGAAGCCUAGCACUAAACGAAGCUUUUAGCUGCAUUUCAAAGUUUGCCGGAGCCUUUUUAUUUUGGUUCACAAGUGGAUCAAGUUCAAAUUUGUCUAGGAGAAUAGCAGGCACUCAGAAUGUGUCAAAGCCUGGAAGCUGCAAACCUUUUAUGCAAGUUGAGCAAAUUACUUCUAGUGAUUCUCUUCUUGCCGGAUUUAAUUUUAGUUCCAGUUCAAAAAGUGAUUCAGCCACGUCUGUGGCUUUUAGUAAGAUUUCUAAUUCACUCAUCAGACGCAUGCUUAGAGAAGGAGAAGGAAUCCAAUCAUGUUUUUUGCUCUCGUUAGCGACAGCAGUGAUCCCACCACUUGAUAACAUAUCUUCAAAGAUAAUGGCUGUCCCAUUGGAUGCUACGGAUGUACGAAUGCAUGAUUGUGUGGAACAAAGGCCUUGUGAGGUUGAGCCCCAGCAUUGUGGCAGUUUAUCUUUUUCCAACUUGAACAGGAGAAGACAUGCUGUUGAACCGAAAACAGGCAUAGAGUUUCCAGUUAUAUUGGACAACAUGUUAGACACAGGACAUAAUUCCAGUUUAACUUCUGAGGUCCUUGUUGGAACUGGAUCCAGAACUAUGAAAAUAAUUAAAAUAAAAUCUCUGAAGGUUUAUGCAUUUGGUUUUUAUGUUCAUCCUCAUGCUGUCUGUGAGAAAUUGGGUAGAAAAUAUGCCUCUAUACCAGUGGGUAACCUGAACAACCGCCAUGAGUUUUAUGAGGAUCUUCUGAGGGAGGAUAUUGAUAUGACUGUGAGGCUUGUGAUUAAUUGCAAUGGUGUGAAAAUCGAUUCUGUAAAGGAUGCUUUUGAGAAAUCCCUUCGUGCUCGUUUGGUAAAGACAAAUCCAGACACCGAUUAUAGUUGCUUGAAAACUUUUGGUUCUUACUUCACUAAAGAUAUUCUGUUGCCUCAGGGAACUACAAUUGAUCUGCGACGAACAGCUGAUGGACAACUAAUUACUGAGAUUGGAGGUAAUCGUAUAGGAGCAGUCAAAAGCAAGGAUUUAUGCAGGGCAUUCUUUGACAUGUACCUGGGAGAUGUUCCGGUCUCGGAGCAAACAAAAGAAGAGAUUGGCAAAAAUGUGGUCAGCAUGAUAAGGAAGUGCUGAAGUGGGUCUUUUACGAUCAACAUCCUCUCAGCCAGGAGCAAAAGUUUGCUGGUGAAGUAUUUAGCCAUGACGUAAGUCUAGUAUAAAUUGAUUGAUAAAUUGCCCCUGAAGGUUGUAGCAAUUGCAGAUUUCACUGAACAGCUUCUGGGUUUUAGCAGUGAUGAUACAGAUGAUUGAGGAGAAUAUAGAUUUUUUCAGAGAGUAUUACUGUGAUUCUUUGUGGGGCUUUGGGGUUAGAUAGCUUUCCCCAAUUAUAGCAUUUUUUGGUUCUCAUUUUUUAAUAUACAAUACAGAGAAGAAUGUACUACAAUGUCUUCAUUCCAUUUAAUAAUAAUAUCAUAAAUUAUCAUGCUAUUCAA